AUGGCAUCAUCUGGUUAUUCACAGUCGUCGGCAUUGCACCUAGUCAUCUCUAGCAUUACUUUCUCUUUCUUGAAACCCAUAGAAGUAGGCAGCAUAGCCGCUUAUUGGGGUCAACACACUGAUGAAGGGACCCUAGCCGCCGCCUGCGCCACCGGAAAUUACAAGUUCAUAAUGAUAGCUUUCCUGACCACCUUCGGCAGCGGCCAAACACCAGUUCUGAACCUGGCCGGUCAUUGUGAUCCUGCUUCCAGUUGCUCCGGUUUAUCCUCCGACAUACAAUCAUGCCAGAACCAAGGUAUCAAGAUGUUUCUUUCUUUAGGAGGAGCUGUCGGGAGCUACUCGCUCUCGUCAUCUGAAGAUGCACAACAAGUUUCCGAUUACCUGUGGAACACCUUUCUUGGUGGCCAGUCCAAUUCCCGGCCGUUAGGUGACGCUGUUUUGGACGGAAUCGACUUUGACAUCGAGUCCGGAUCAGGACAAUUCUGGCCGGACCUAGCUAGGGCAUUGGCCGCUCACAAGUCGGAGAAAAAGGUUUACUUAUCUGCAGCGCCGCAGUGCCCUAUCCCUGGAUUCAGCAAUCCAGACUGGCUUAUUCGACUACGUCUGGGUGCAGUUCUAUAA